AUGCUCCACUCCACGCUGUUUUUAAUGCCCCACCACGCGCGCGUUCCUUCCAUGCCACAAUUCACCCACCACACCCCACGCCCAUCUCACCUCGCACCCCUAGCAGGCAAGCCAGCGGCGCCAAAGAAGAAGGCGAGUGCGUCGCGGCGCAGCACCUUCGACUUCAUCCUCAAGCAGUCCAAGCCGCUGCGCAAGGACCAGCACCCGCCAGCCCCCGCGCCACUACCGCUAGCGACGGGCAUGCAGCAUGCGCGGCACGAGGCGAGGCUGAGGGGCGUGCUGGGGGCGCUCUUCUGGGAGGCCAGCUCACGGGCCAUCACCAACCAGAGCACCCCCUCCCCCUCCCCCGCCGCCCUCCCCCUCGCCUCCCACCCCACGCCCUCGCCCUCCUCCCUCCCCCCCACGCCCUCUUCCGCUGCCCCAAAUCUGCCCGCCGCCUCCCUCUCCUCAUUCCCUGCCACCGCUGCUGCUGCCCAUUCUGGUGUGGCCUCUCAGCCGUCGUCUCUGUCACACAGUGCCGCGCCACUUGCCCCGCCCUCCUCCUCCUCCCUGGACCCCCUCUCGCUGCAUAAGUUCUCCGAGCUUCCAGGCUCGGGCUUGGGGCUGCCAGGUUUCCAGACCUUGCAGGGAGGCUCGGGAGCAACUGGUUUGGCAGGAGGGGGAGGGGGAGGGGGGAACAGUGGGAGCGGGAGGAUGAGGGGAAUGGCAGGGGGAGGCAUGGGUGGGGGUUCUGGGGGAGGAGGGGAAGGGGAAGGGGGUGCGGGGGGAGCAGCAGUUGCGGGUAUGGGCGGGAUGGGCGGAUACGGGGGUGCGUUCAACACGAGUGGAGGCGGGGUGAACUCAGGAGCGGCAGGAGGCAGGGUGGUGGGUGGGAUGGGGGCAACGGCAGGCGCUGGAGGGAUGGGAGGAGGCAUGGGAGGGAAUAUGGGAAGUCUGGGCAUGGGCAUGGGCAUGGGCAUGGGUAUGAAUAUGGGCAUGGGCGCAGGCACAAGUGGUCGUAUGGAUGCUUCUUUCUCUUCGCCCCCUGCCUCUGCAUCCAAUCCGCUCUCCCAGUUUUCCUCCCCUUCUUCUGCGCUGCCUGCUGCCAUGGCUGCCACUACCACUGCUAUGGGUGCGGGUAUGGGCGCACGCAUGACUUUUGAGUCCACUCAAAAGGGCAUGGCAGGGAGUGCGAGGAGCAGUGCAGGUGGCAGCGAGGGCGAGGCGGCAGGGAAGGCGAUGAAAGGCCUUCCAAGCCCGCGCGGCGGGGGCGAGAAGCAGGGCUUCCUGCGCGAUGGCGGGCAGGGGCAGCAGCAGGCGGUGCACUCGCCUCAGCAGCUGGCUCAGCUGGCGGCGCACCUGCAGUCCCAGCUUGGGGGACAAUCAGGUGGGGGAAAUGGGGGCCCUCAGGGCAGUCAGUUAGGUGGGCAGAAUCAGGCUAGACAGAAGAUGCAGCAGCAGCAAAUGCAGCAGCAGCAGCAGUUGAAGCAGCAGCAGCAGCAGCAAAUGCAGCAGCAGCAGCAGCAUUUGCAGAGGCAGCAGGGCAUGCGGCAAGGCCAGGUGCAAGGGCAGCAGCAGCAGAUGCAGCAAAUGCAGGGGCUUUCCUCCCCUCCUCACAGCAGCCCGCCAGCACCGAUGAAUCAAAGGCACAUGUUCCAGCCGCCUCACCAGCAGCCGCACCAGCUGCAGCAACAGCAAGGGGGAGGAGGAAGGGCGAUGGGGGGAGCAGGCGGGGCGGGGGGGCACAUGCAGGCGCCUGGGGAGAUGCUUGUGCAGCAGCAACGGCAGCAGCUGGCAGGAUCCAUGGGGCAGGAGGGGAGGGGGAUGGACCGAGGCACAGGGCAGCAGGGGCAGGGGCAGGGGCAGGGAGUUGCAGGAAUGGGGGGAAUGGGAGGGAUGGGUAUGGGUAUGGGUAGCAUGGGAGGAAUGGGAGGGAUGGGGGGCAUGGGGGCGAUGGGGGGUGUGUUGCAGGGAAUGGGAGCAGGCAAUGCUGGUGCAGGGAGGGCGGGCUCCUUCCAAGGCAUGGAUGAGCCCUUCCCUGCUGACCACCCUCCGGAGCGCAUGGGCAUGCAACAGCAUGGCUCCUUCCAUGCCUCCUCCCACAUGCCCUCUGCUGCUGCUUCCGGUCAAGGCAUGGGCAUGGGCAUGGGCAUGGGAGGAGCAGCGGGCAUGGGCAUGGGAGGAGCAGCGGGUAUGGGCAUGGGGGGAGGGUCGUCGCUGCUGGCGGGGAUUCCCAACUCAUCCCUCGUGUCGUCCUUUGGGGGCAUGGGAGGGGCAGGGGGAGGGAUGAGGGGCAUGGAGGGCAUGGGAGCGAUGGGGGGAGCGGGAGGGGGUUUGGGGGGCGGUGAUGGGGCUGGAGGGGCAGGUGGGCGUGGUCGUGGUGCUGGCGGUGGUGCUGCAGGAAUUGAUGAGGCAGCCAUGUUUGCAGGAGAGGAUGAUUAUGGGGAUUUGCCUUGA